AUGGCUCAAUCCGUCCCACCAGGAGACAUCCAGACCCAACCAAACGCCAAGACUGUCUUCAAUGCUCCGUAUGAUGACAAACACACCUACCACAUCAAGGUGAUCAACUCCUCGGCUCGUCGUAUUGGAUACGGUAUCAAGACGACCAACAUGAAGAGACUCGGAGUUGACCCACCAUGCGGAGUUCUCGACCCAAAGGAGGCUGUGCUUUUGGCUGUGUCAUGCGAUGCCUUCGCCUUCGGACAGGAGGACACCAACAACGACCGUAUCACUGUCGAGUGGACCAACACCCCAGACGGAGCUGCCAAACAAUUCCGUCGUGAAUGGUUCCAGGGAGACGGAAUGGUCCGCCGCAAGAACUUGUCAAUUGAGUAUAACCCAUAG